AUUCAAUCUGCAUUGUCGAUGUUUAAAAUUGAAACUUUGAAGACUGAACAACGACAAAUUUUGGAUUGUUUGAUACGAGGAAAGGAUUGUGUAGCUGUCCUGCCUACGGGUUAUGGCAAAUCACUCCCGUAUCAGAUGUAUCUCCCUGUGAUGAGAAGGAUUGGUGCUUCGCCAGGUAAAGUGUUGGUGUGUUGUCCGUUAGUGUCACUUAUGGACGAUCAAGUGAAACGUCUUUCGGAUUUGGAUUGCAUUUCCGCAGCAUAUGCAGGAAGUAGGACCAAUGAAGCAAUCAGAGACGGUAGCAUUGAUCUCAUAUUUGCUUCACCGGAGACUUUGGUUGGUGACAGACAUUGGCGAGAACAGGAGCUAGAUGUGUCCCUUAUUGUGGUGGUUGAGUUCCAUACCAUCGCUACAUGGUCGGUGGAUGAUUUCUGGAGUAUCCAAAAACACACCCGUCCAGUCCGAUGCCUAGCUCCUAACUGCUUACCAAACAUGUAGAACCGUGAUACAUUGAAAAUUAACACAAUAAAGUUAGUUUGAUCGACAGCUGUCACUUAUCUCUCUAUUCUGACUGGUGAGUACCCGAACAGGUAAGGAAAUUAGCCUGUCCUUUGUCAGAGAGUUAAGUGUUAUAUUUGGUAAGACCAGUUAAUCUCAUUACGUAACAUAAUUGACUUGAAAGGUAUAAUGUAUAAGAUGGACACCAAUAUUACAUGAGUUAAUCUGACGACAAUGAAUCAAAGAAGCUACAUUUACACAUAGAGGUUUUCUUAAAUGGUACAAAUGUAAUUAAAUAGC